AAAGUGACCUUUUUUUCCUCCCCGUCUCCUCCCAGUUCCUGGAAGAAGUGAGCACGAUGGCUGCAGUGGCAGAAGAGGAAAGUGAAACCCAGCUGUGCAGCAACUGCAAAAAGGACAUUCCCGUGGCGAACUUCACCAUCCACGAGAUCCACUGCAGCAGGAACAUUGGGGUUUGCCAUUUCUGCCAGGAGUCUGUCCCUAAGUCAGAGAUGAAGAACCACAUGGAACUGGAGCACACCCAGGUUACCUGCAAAUGCAGCAGGAAGAUGGAAAGAGGUGACUUACCGGAGCAUGAGGCCUCGGCCUGCCCUUUGCGGCUUGCCACCUGCCAGCACUGUGACUUGGAGCUCGCAUUCCACAAGCUGCAGGAGCACUUGGACUACUGCGGCACCCGGACUGAGCAGUGCAGCAGAUGCAGCCGCAACGUGAUGCUGAAGGACCUGAAGGAGCAUCCCGAGGACUGUGGGAAGAGGGCCGAAGAAAGCCAGAUCGGCCCACCCAAGCCCUGCUUGAAUUCCGAGGCGUCUUUGCGAAACAUCCCGACGAUCAGAAACGUCCUUCAUUCCGACAGCCCGCUGGGGGGCCCCCCAAGGAUGAACCGGCUUCCGGAGAGCAGACUUUACAAUCGCCUUUCAGACCAACAGCCUCCCAGGAAUCCUCCCCGAAGGAACGUAGACCUGUCGCAGCCGGCUGGAAGUCAAGAUCGCCUGGAGAAGACAACCAACACCUUGGCCUUUGGAGCCAGAGACCCUGACUGCCACCUGGAUUACCUCUUGGCCCUGAGCUUGCAGCGGGACGGUUCCCCCCACGGCCGCAGCGCAGCCGAGCUCCAGAGGGAGGUCUGGAAGAACAUCUUCCCCGCAAGGACGAGCACCAUGGGCAAUUCCCUUGAGGCGAAUGACUUUGGGAUCUUCUCUCGGGACUUGCUGGGAUCCGUGGACCUGUCCAACAAGUCAAAAGUUGAGACUCUGCUGCCCUGUGAGUUCUGUGAAGAGCUGUACCCCGAGGAAGAUCUCAUCCUUCACCAGACGGGGUGCAGCCCAGCCAGCGCGUUGGCUUCCUUCAGCAAGAGGAGCUCCUCCCUCCCUCGGCAAGACCCGGACGAGCGUCUCACAGACCUGUGGGAGCAGCUGCAGAAGAAUCAGCCCAGUGGCCGGGAAACCUCCCUGCAGCCCGACUCGGGAGGGAGCGUCAUGAUUCCCUGCGAGUUCUGUGGAGUCCAGCUGGAAGAAGAGGUGCUCUUCCACCACCAGGACCAAUGUGACCUGCGUCCAGCCACAGGAAGGACCCCAUCACAGCUUGAGCCUCCAGCCAGGGGAGACUUGGAUAGAACGGACUCACCGGACCUGCCCAAGAGACGCAGCCGUCAUCAAGGAGAAGUCUCACCUCGGUACCUCGAGGAGUUCAGGCAACAGAGGCCUCCCCAGCCGGUUGGCCAGAGCCCCUCUCCUCGGGGCAACCCAGCCACUGCCAACAACAGAAGAGAGACUGCCGUCGGCCCGCCGGAGCGAGGGAAGACCAAGAACCAGGCAGACGGGGGCAAAGGAGAGAAAGGGCAGCACCGGAGCCCAAUGGACAGGAUGGCAGAGUUUCGCGGACCUGUGCCAGCAAGGCAUCCCCCUCGCAACUUUCCUCCCAGCGGUUACGUGCCAAGCUUCCCUGUGGCAGUUCCAGCACGACCCAGGCUGAGAAGCGAAGGUGGCACGACUCCCCCUGGGCCUGCCCACUACAGCAGCAGCAGCAGCAGGGCAAAACCGUGGCAGAGGGACUCGGGCUACCCUGACAAAGAAGAGUAGGAGGGUGUCGCCACCGCCUGCGUUUCUUUUGGCACAAAGGAUGUUUGCACCAGUAUUGGUCUGAAUGUAGGUGGUUUGCUUUGGGGGGUGGGUCCCUCCCACAGCUGCAGGGCAGAGAACGUGGCAGCAGGAAACGCCUGUUUGUGUUGUGUUCCUCAAUGUGCACCGUGUUCAUGGGCCGGGCAGACUGUCUCGGCUUAUUUGCUUAGCGAUCGUAUGGCUUCGGAGGGUCUCGGGUGACCUGCUUUGGUAGCGCUUGCCCUUAAGAAACUCUUAAGAGCCCAAGAGGCUUUUGAGCUCAGUCAGUAGUACGCGAAUAGCUUGAGGCUGGUCCGGAAAGCAGAGGAGUCCCCACAAGAGAGGCUGGAAGGUCCACUGCUGCCUUGCGCUCUUUCGGGGAGAAUUUCUCCUCUUGCACUCGGCCAGUUGGGCUGAGUUCCUAACGAAGUCUCUGACCAAUCAAGAAGAGAGAAACGCAGGGAAAAGCCAUAAUCCAUGGCGGGUGAGCCUUUAAAGGUCUUGUUCUUUCUUUAAUACCAGAAGUGCCCAGUUAAAUUUCCUAAGAAUUGAGGCAGGUUUUGACAGAAAAUCAACUUGCGCUCCUCCUCCCCGUGCUGACUGUUCUGUAGUAGAGAAUGUCCAUUUUAAAUUUCUUGUAAUAAAAAUUUGUAUUUACCAGC